AGUAGCAAAACGGGUUUUCGAGAAAUAGAGGUGUGUAUAUGUAAUUUGAAAAUGUUAAGUGAUUUAGUUAGUUUUUAUCAGUUUUUCUAAUAAAAGGAAAAUGCCUCCUGGAUUAAAUACUCUUAAACGAGGGAGCGUUCAGCUCCAAAAAGCAGCCAAAGUUUUAGUAAAUGAUCAGAUAGGAUCCCGUCAAGUGUUGGCAGCUUUCGUACUAACGGGAUUCAUUUUAUGUGGGAUCGUAGAGCAAAGUGCCUCCGUUGCACUUAGAGCCAACAGCACAUCGAGCUACUCAGUUGAAGAAUUCGCAGAGUACGUCGAAAAUACCAGCUACAUCACCAGGUAUUGUCAACCGUUGGAGGGUUCAUCCAAUGAGAGCACUUAUACCAUACACGUGGUCAGGUCAAUUCCUCAUAUCGAGAUUCCAAUGACCAGAACUGACGAAACAGAGGGAGUACUGCGUCAGGCCUUCAUAUGGGGUACCCUGGUAUCCCCUUUGGCCGCCAGUAGAAUCGCCGCUAGAGUUGGUGCUGAACGGCUCUAUGGUGUAGGUGUUUUAGGUACCGGAGUGGUUGCCGUGCUAGUUCCCGCUAGUUGGUUGACUGCUGGACACGUCUGCGUUAGAAUCGUACAAGGAAUUUUCAUGGGAGCUACCUGGCCAGCAGCCCAUGUACUUGCAGUAACGUGGAUCAAACCGAAAAAUAUCAGUGCAUUUGUCUCGUUGUAUUCAGCUGUAAAUCUGGGGUAUUCAGUGGUGGGUAUUUUGGGCACUAUAUUGGUCAGAAAGCUCGGCAGAGAUUGGCUCAGUUACAUCAUAUCUUUAAUAGCGGGACUGUGGUAUUUCCUUUGGUGGUUAUUUGUGGAAGAAUCUUUACAUCCCAAUAGGCCUAAAAGAGACGAGCACAGAAACUUACCAUGGAGACAACUGCUUGCAUCCAAACCUGCCUGGUCUUGUGGAGUUGCUGUAGUAGGUAGCCAAUGGGCAGACGCCACAUUAAUGCUCGGAGUAACCAAGUAUCUUAAGCUGGUUUAUGGGUUUUCAAUUGAAUAUGAGGACAUUCUGCAGUCCAUGCCCCACAUAGGCCACUUUUUCGCCGCAAUAACUUUCGGAAUUGUAGUUGACCAUAUAAGGAGCACGGGGGUGGUAUCAACUACUACCGCUAGGAAGCUGUUUGUCUAUAUGUCUCACUUUCCACCUGCCGCCCUUAUGUUCCUACUGGGCUACACAGGAUGUGAUCCUGCAGCACCAGCGGCUUUGUACGUAGCAGCUUUAACCAUGACAGGGGCCACCCCAGCGGGGGUCUUUUCAAGUGCUGCAGAUAUUGCUCCCAAUUUUGCAGGUACAGUUUUUGGACUUUGCCAGACAGUCGGUGCAGCUGGCUUACUAGCAGCUAAUUAUGCUGUUUCUGAAGGACUACAUGGAUCAUUUGCAGGUUGGUGGCGUUUAGUCUUUGGUGCGUCCACAGCAAUUUUACUGUCAACGGCGAUUUUCUUUAUGAUUUGUGGCAGUGGGUCAGUGCAACACUGGAAUGAACCCGAGGAAAAGGAGGCCAUAGUUGAACUGGACGAUUUUGAAGAACCUUCGAGAUUAGAUUCUGUGUUGGAGUAGCCUAGAAUUUGUAUGUGGACCCUGUUAUUGUUAUAUGGGUGUCGGGAUAAAAAAAACUUAUUACU